AUGGUAGAUGAAGAAUUACAUUUUAAAACUGUUUUGAGGAGGAAGAAUGCUGCAAAAGCCAGAAUUUAUAGAAAGAGUGUUAUUGAUGACAAGAAAUCUAAGAGGUUGAAAACUGCUCUAAAAGAUAACGGUACAUUUGAUAAAAGACGCGGCAAUGACUCAACAGCUUUGAGGAUACCACUAUCAGAACUUUCGCCAAACAUACUAAAUGACGGUCGUGGUAUAGCCAACGUUGAAGUAAGUCGUCAACUUCAUUCGUCCUUAAAGACUAAGCCAAGUACCAAUAAUAAUAUCAGAUCAAAAAGGAUAUCAAGCAGAAACAUUACCAAAUUAGGAGUUAACUUAUCUAAGAGGUUUGACAAUACAUUUGCUGCAACAACAUCAAACCAAGAUCCAAUACCAGAAUUGCAACUCAAUGAGCUUUUUGCAUCUGAUAGUGGAGACGAUAAUAUGAAUGAUGAAUCUGACGGUUACAAUUCAGCAACAAAUUCAAGUUUUGGUGAAGAUGAAAUGUCUAAUGGAACAGAUGCUAUGGAAACUUUUGAAAUUACAUCAGGAGGGUAUUAUGAUAUAGGGGAUCCUGUCAUUGAAUGUCAAUAUUGGGGUGCAAAUAUGUGGUCAAAAAGUGGAGUUGAUGUUAAUAUUGUGAGAAAACUAUCUGAAAUGUUAUAUGAACAUAAUGUUCAUGCACAACCAUUUCGCAUGGCAAGGGACAGACUUUGUGAAGAAGGUGUUUCUGAUUUAAAACUUCGUUUAAUAUCUGAACGAAGAAAUGAUGGAAGGAUAUGUAAUCAACCAACUGUAUCCAAAGUAGCUGCUUUAAUUGUUGGAGAUGUCGACACUGCAGAAAAAAGAGACAUUAUAGUGCAAAAACAAUGUGGCGAACUUCAAAGGAUAGAUGAGUAUCAUACCAGUUAUUUAGGAUAUUAG